AUGGUUGCCUACUUCAACAUUGCCGGUCGCCAAGUGGGCUCCCACCAGAUUGCCAUGGGUGUUCUUGGCUCGCUCUUCGGCGGUGUUUACCUCGCUACUCGUGGUGGUGGUAAGAAGAAGGACGUAACUCCUCCGAUCAACGCCGGUUCCAAGGACGAGGAAAAAUUCAUACAGGACUUCCUCAAAAGUGUUGAAGGCGAGGCAAAAGAGCAAAAACACUAA